AAUCUUAAGAACUAAAGCUUAAAGUCUAUACAUUUACAAAAGCUACAAUGUGUCGUUAUAUGAAUUCAAACAGCAUAAAGUUUAUCUUGACUCAAAUUUAACAACUUACCUGUCUGCACAUAUUUAAGUAGAAUAUGUAUAAACUAAAAUACAAAUAGUUACAUAUUUGUACAAUUUCAAACAGAAUACAUUGCAUGAACUGAAACUGAAUAUGGAAAACAGGGAAAUAAUAUAUGUCCUCAAAAUAUUUACCAUUUAGAGCUGAAAAUCUACUAUUUAUAUGAAAGGUACCACAUGUCACUAUGCUGAUUCAAACCGCAUAAAUUCGUGCAUUGGAUUCAAAUCUUGUUAAGUACAUGUGUGUGCAUAAUCAAAGAACAUAUAUGUAUGAGGCAGCGCCAGUCCAGUUGUGGUGAAGGCCCCACUCAAGAAUUGGCCUCAGUUAGUGUAAAUAUUGUAUUAAAAACAGUGAAAAUUUAGCAUUAAAAAAAUUGGAUAAAGGCUUGAGCCUAUUUAGCAGCUGCUUAUGCUGCAGGCCGGGUCUGGCAUGAGAUCAACUCGGAAGGAAAAUAGUGAAGUAAGGAAAUAAAGUAUAUCCUUAUAAAAAUUACCAUACGAAGUUGGAAAUCUAUUAUUUGUAUGGAUACUUUCCACGUGUCAUUAUUGAUUAAAAGAGAAUCGAAAUUGCGAGUAUAAAUUCAAAUCUAAACCAUACAUGUAUAUGUAUUUAUAGGAAACUAAUUUAUUAUAAUUAUUGACUAAGAACAAGGACGGCAAAUUUGGAACAAAAGUAAUGAAAUAAAAGUGUAUCCUCAUAACUGGCAUGAGAUCAAUUCGGAAGGAAAAUAGUGAAGUAAGGAAAUAAAGUAUAUCCUCAUAAAAAUUACCAUACGAAGUUGGAAAUCUAUUGUUUGUAUGGAUACUUUCCACAUGUCCUUAUUGAUUAAAAGAGAAUCGAAAUUGCGAGUACAAAUUCAAAUCUAAACCAUACAUGUAUAUGUAUUUAUACGAAACUAAUUUAUUAUAAUUAUUGACUAAGAACAAGGACGGCGAAAUUUGGAACAAAAUUAAUGAAAUAAAGUGUAUCUUCAUAACUGGUAUGAGGUCAACUCGGAACAAAAAUAGUGAAGCAAGGAAAUAAAGUAUACCCUCGUACAAAAUUACCAUACGAAGUUGGAAAUCUAUUGUUCGUAUGAAUGCUUUCCACGUGUCAUUAUUGAUUAAAAGAGAAUCGAAAUUGCGAGUACAAAUUCAAAUCUAAACCAUACAUGUAUAUGUAUUUAUGCGAAACUAAUUUAUUAUAACUAUUGACUAAGAACAAGAACAGCGAAAUUUGGAAUAAAAGUAAUGAAGUAAAAUAUAUCCUCAUAACUGGUAUGAGGUCAACUCGGAAGGAAAAUAGUGAAGCAAGGAAAUAAAGUAUAUCCUCGUAAAAAUUGCCAUAUGAAGUUAAAAAAUCUAUUGUUCGUAUGGAUGCUUUCCACGUGUCAUUAUGGAUUAAAAGAGAAUCGAAAUUGCGAGUACAAAUUCAAGUCUAAACCAUAACAUGUAUACCAAACUAAUGUAUUAUAACUGUUGACUAAGAACAAGGAUUGGCGAAAUUUGGAAAAAAGUAAUGUUAGAACCCAAUGACUUUUCACUAUAUAAAGCCAACGCACAAUGCAUCACCUCUCACACCCAAAAAUUCUCCUCUCUUCUAACAUAUAAAAAAAAUGUCUCAAUCAAACCAUGUUACAAUACCUUUACUCCAAAACAUGCCUCUUCAGGAGAAACUGCAUUUCCUUAAAAAUUACUUUACUGGAGCAUUCUCAGUCGCCAAAAUCUUUUUCCCAUUGCUACUCGCAUCUGUUUUCACUUACCUUCGCUCCUUAGCCACUAUGCAUUUCCUAGGCCGUCUUGGUUCCUCUACUCUUGCUGGCUGCUCCCUUGCCCUUGCAUCCGCCAACAUUAGCGCUUACGCUCUGUUCUCCGGCUUGAUCGGGGGCGUCGAAACCAUCUGCUCACAAGCCAUCGGCGCAAAACGCUAUAACCUCUUCAGGGCAACCAUCAGGCGAGGAAUGAUCCUCCUCCUCCGCACAUCAUUCCCUGUUUUCUUUCUCUGGUUAAACAUCGAGAGGAUUCUGACACUGCUUAAACAGAACGUGAAGCUUGCGUCCAUAGCUGGCACCUUUCUGCUUUACUCUGUUCCGGAUCUCGUCGCUCAGUCUUUAUUGCACCCAUUAAAAGCUUAUCUCAAGACUCAGUCAAAGACUCGGCCUCUAUUAAUCUUGACAGGAGUGACGUGUCUUCUCCACUGUCUGAUCAUGUACAUUUUCGUGUCGCACUUCAAGUUUGAGGUUAAAGGUAUCGCUGUGAGUUCUGUUUUGUCAAAUUUUAUCCUUGUCGCCUUUCUCUUCAUCUACAUGAAAAAAGAGCUAGGCAGCGACAAUGACGAGGAGGAGGAGGUUACAGAGGAGUCGUACGAAGAUCGUGAGAGAGAAUGGAAGAAACUGUUGUAUCUCGCGUUACCGAGUUGUGGAAUGGGUUGUCUAGAGUUUUGGUUCUAUGAGAUAAUGAUUUUAAUUUGUGGGCUUCUUGAAAAGCCCAAUAUAGCUAUUGCUUCAAUGGGCCUUAUCAUUCAAAUCACUUCUCUUGUUUACAUUUUCCCUCAUUCCUUGAGCUCCGCAAUCUCCACUCGGGUCGGAAACGAGCUUGGUUCGAACCGGCCACAAGCAGCGAGAAGAGCCGCCAUCGUCGGACUCAGUCUCAGCAUUCUCCUCGGGAUCAUGGCGUCCACGUUCAUGUUCUCGGUCAGAAACGUAUGGGCCACGUUUUUCACGGAUGAUGAAGACGUCAUUGAUUUAGUUUCCAAGGUUCUGCCGAUUGUCUGCCUUUGCGAGCUAGGAAACUGCCCUCAGACGACGGUAGGUGGCGUUCUCAAAGGGUCUGCGAGGACGUGGAUGGGAGCUUGGAUUAAUACGGUGGCGUUUUAUUUCGUUGGUUCGCCUGUUGCACUGGCUCUGGCGUUUUGGUUUGGGUUUGGGUUAAAGGGACUUUGGCUCGGGAUGCUCGCAGCGCAGAUAACUUGUGUGAUUGGUAUGAUGGUGGCGAUGUAUAGGAUUGAUUGGGAACUUGAGGCGGAAAGGGCUAGGGAUCUCACAUCGGUGGAUGAUUGCAGAAGCGACGGUGAGGUCGAGGAUGGGGAGGCUGAGAGGUUGAUAAGCAGGGUCGAGUCUUUUGAGGGAUAGAAGACGUACUCUGUCUCUGAAGGGGGGAAAAGUGCUUUGUUUUUUUUUUUAUUUUAGUCUGUUGCAUUUGUGUUACAAAAA